AUGGUCGAUUACUCAAAGUGGAAAAAUAUUGAGGUUUCUGAUGAUGAAGAUGAUACACAUCCUAACAUCGACACACCAAGUCUCUUUCGGUGGAGACAUCAAGCCCGUGUUGAGCGUAUGGAAGAGCACCGGCAAGAAAAAGAAAAACUUGAAUCAACAAUCAAUACAGUUGAAACAAAACGAAAAGAAUUAAAAGAAAAGCUUAAAGCAACACCCGAUCAAAAGGAGAAAUUAGAAAAGGAACUGAAAAAUAUUGAAGAUGAGGCGAAAAAGCUUGAAAUUGCAGAGCAAGAAUUUAAAAAGAAGGAAAAGCUUCAACCAUGGAAUGUCGAUACGCUUAGUCAGCCAAAAUUCUCAAAAACGAUAAUAAACAAGAAGGAAGAGAAAACGUAUGAUGAGAUGACUGACGAAGAAAAAGAAGCGCACAUGAAAAAGUUUGUUAAAGAAAAUGAAAAAUUAAUUAAAGAAUUUGGAAUGUUGCGACGUUUUGAGGAUUCUAAGAAGUUCCUGCUCGAGCACAGCCUUUUGGUUCAUGAAGAUACUGCCAACUAUCUUGUCAUCUGGUGCAUAAAUCUUCAAAUGGAAGAUAAACACGAACUGAUGACUCAUGUUGCACAUCAAUGCAUUUGCAUGCAGUACAUGUUAGAAUUGUCACGACAACUCAAAACUGAUCCUCGCGCUUGCAUUGGACCGUUUUUUGAUCGCAUUCAAGUUGCUGAUAUCGAAUAUCGUAAGCAAUUUGAUGAUGAAAUUGCUGCUUUUAUUGGUCGAAUUGAGAGAAGGUCGAAGGAAAAAAUUGCAGAAGCGCUUAAAGAGCAAGAAGCUGAAGAGGAGAAGGAACGACUGGAACGUCUUGGACCUGGUGGCUUAGAUCCAGCUGAUGUGUUUGAAUCGCUACCAAAGGAACUUCAAGAUUGCUUCGAAAAACGCGACACUGAACUUCUUAAGCAAGUCAUUGCCAGUUUGCCAGAAGAUCAAGCCAGAUAUCACAUGAAACGUUGCGUUGAUUCCGGUUUAUGGGUUGCUGAUGCAAAUGCCAAUGAACAUGGGUUGGUGGAGGAAAAAGUUCCAGUAGAAUCUGAAAGUUCUGCUAAAGAAACAACGCAAGCUAAUAACGACUUGGAUUUGGAUUAA